AGAGAGAACUUAAGCACAACCACUGAUCAUACUUAUUCCAUGUCAAUUUCUAUCUUAAUAAUUUUGGCCUAUUUCAGCUGGGUCGUCGCCGGCCAAGCCCCAAUUCCGGCUAAGUAUGACGGUUUCCUAUACAAGAAUCAGGCAGCCACCACCGAUUCGAUCAUAAUCGAGGCAUUCUUCGACCCGGUUUGCCCUGAUAGCAGAGACGCUUGGCCUCCUCUCAAACAAGCAAUUGAAUAUUAUGGUUCUCAUGUCUCACUAAUCGUUCAUCCCUUCCCUUUGCCUUACCAUGACAAUGCUUUCGUGACUUCUCGUGCUUUGCAUAUCGUGAACAAAUUGAAGCCCAUUUCCACUUACGACCUAAUGGAAUUGUUCUUUAAGAAUCAGGAAGAGCUUUACAAUAAACCAACCUUCAAUAAGUCGCGAUCAUCUGUUGUGAAGCACGUAGCAAAGUUUGCUGUUAAAGCAACUGGUAGUUCAUACAGCAGUGAUAUUGAAUCCGGAUUUACAGACCGGAAAACCGAUCUCCUGACAAGGGUUUCAUUCAAGUAUGGUUGUUCUAGAGGAGUGUAUGGAACGCCAUUCUUCUUUGUGAAUGGAUUUGCAUUGGCAGAUGGAGGGUCAUCUAUAGACUAUAAGAAAUGGAGAAACAUACUCGAUCCGAUUAUCAAAGAGUCGUCUUUUCGUUGAGAAAAAGCUUCAAAGUUGUCUAAUUAAUAGAUAAAAAUAAUAAAGGCUCAAACUAAAGGUAUGUGUGUUGGUCAUCUUGUUGUGGCCCAUUAAAAAUACUAUCAUUGAAGUCACCCAAACACUUUGGUUGAUCUAAUAUAAAUGUAACAUUGCAUAAUUUGAACGAGUUCUCAAAGUUUUAUUUUAUUUUAUCUCCAUUUUCCAUUGCUACACAGUUUUCAACUUAUAUUGAUUUCUUUGUUUA